AUGCCCAUACGACAGGUGGCUGCCGACGACCUGUUCCGAAUCUGGCGCAACUUUCAAAUAGGCAAACUGUUGGAUCUGAGUAUGCUUGAUACUCGCCAGUAUGACAGAGAUUUGACUGACGUUUAUUACAAUACCGAAUACGUCAACACUAUUGCCGCGUUCGAGAAUCGUUCCUUGAUGGGUGAUGCACAAGAGUCAUGGUUUUACGACACUUUGUCUCGCUCUAAGGCGCGUGGAGCAGUUUGGCGUGUCGUCGGUCAGCAGAUUGUCUUCACCCAACUCAAUCAGAGUGGUGUCUUUGACCUCGACGCUUGGGAUGGGUACCGGGCCAAUCGCCAACGUGUGCUGGAUCACCUCUAUAAGAACAAGAUCAGCAACACCGUGAUUCUUGCGGGCGACAGCCAUGCCAAUUGGGUCUCGGAUCUCGCGCAUGCCAACGACAGCACAACAUACAAUCCUGUCACAGGAGAUGGAGCGAUCGGCGUAGAGUUUGCGGGAACGGCAGUCACGUCCGGUUCUUCCCUCAGUGGUAUUCAGUCAACAGCGGACGCUAUGUCCAGACAGUUCGUGGACACCGGUGCCAAUCUUGAUUUGCAGUGGAGUGAAGGCUUUUUCCGUGGCUUCUUCACACUCACGAUCGACCCCCAUACGCUGAAAGCGUCGUUCUACGGCAUGAAGAACAUCAGCUUUCCCAACCUCGGCGCAACGCUCAUUGCCGAAUUUGUCGUUGAAGCAGGUGCCAAUAAGUUGAAGCGUCCCGUGGGGGGCGGAGUCGUGAAUGUUAAAGCCGGCGCGCUCAAGGUGAACGGCACGGAAUGA